GCGGAAAAUACCGCGACCGGUGCGAUGACCGUGCUCUCGCUGCCUACACCCGUCUUCACGCUCGUAAGGAGGCUGGUUACCGUCGUAUCCGCUUUCGGAAUAUCUGGGAAUUAUAUUCUGUCGUUGCCGGCAUGUCCCCCCGCGCCGCAGGAGAUUCAGCGACACCGACGGAGCCAUAUACCCGGACGCGCGCUUUACUACUCCGGACAUGGGAAUGUGCCCCAGCGACGGUGGAUAUCCACGCAGGAGGGCAGCAAAACCCAGGACGCGUGUAAUUCGAAGGAGUGCUCCCCGCCGGACGUGCCCAAGCUAGCGCCGGAUGCCGAGACAGAGGCAGAGCCGUCGGACAUCAUUCACCAGCUGCUGCAAAACCCGGUGUUGUACAGUCCGCUGAGGAAACCACGGAAUCCGAUUGUCCUCUGCCAUGGCCUUUACGGCUUUGACGUCCGCGGGCCGUCGUCGUUCCCUGUCCUCCAAAUGCACUACUGGAGCAACGUGCUCAACAUUCUCCGCAAUAAGGUCGGCGCAGAAGUCAUCGUAACUUCCGUCCCUCCCACAGGUUCCGUCGCUGAACGCGCCGAAAACCUGCACAAACUUCUAGCGGAGAAGGUACCACAGCAGGAUAUCAACCUCAUGGCACAUUCCAUGGGCGGGUUGGACUGCCGCCAGCUCAUCACGCAUAUCAAGCCUAGGGAGUACACUCCCGCCAGUUUGACCUGCAUCGCUACGCCGCAUCGUGGCAGUCCCUUCAUGGACUGGUGCGCGGAAAACAUUGGCCUAGGCAAACUCGGGCGCCAACAGCGCGAGGAGGCGAUAUUGAAGAACACAUCCACCCCCUCCACCUCCGAAGUCGUUUCGGAAGCCUCAUCCAAGAGGAGGGACAAGGCCAAGAAGGGCAAAGAUGGCAGCAGCGCCGUCUCCUCGAUCGCCUCCCUCCCGUCCUCCUUCACGACCUACCUCCUCGCCAUCCUCGACUCACCCGCCUACGCCAACCUCACCUCGCACUUCCUCACCACGCACUUCAACCCUUCUACCCCGGACUCGCCGCACGUGAAAUACCUCUCAGUCGCGGGCCGCACCGACUCGGUCAACGUCUGGCACCCGUUCUGGUUCACGAAGCUCGUGGUCGACGCGUGGGAGCGCAAAGAGCGCAAACGCCUGCGCGAGGAGGGCUAUCCGCCGGAGCUCUGGGCGGACGACCGCGAAUGGGGCAACGACGGACUCGUGACGAUCCAGAGCGCCAAGUGGGGCGAGUUUCUCGGCGUCAUCGAGGGCACGGACCAUUGGGAGAUCCGGGGCGCGCGGGGGAUCGAGCUUGACGUGGACCUCAAGCUCGGCGCGCUGACCAAGGGGAUCGACCUCAGCAUUGGCUUGGCCGGCUUAGGUUUAGGUAGCGCAGGCGAGAGCUUGAAGGAUUGGGACUGGGGCAAAUUCAUCAGAGCGUGGCGGAAAGAGGAGCGGAAGGAGGAAAAGAGGGAGAACGGAAGCAGGGCUACCAAGACGACGGUCGAGGAGGGCAAGGACCUCGCCAACGCCAAGACGAUGACGAAGACGACCGUGGAAACCUCCGCGACUAGCUCAGAUAUGCCCAAGGGCGGCGUCAUCACCAAGCGCGAGAAGACGGCUGAGGAGAAGGAAAAGGACGACAUCAUACGAGCAUCGACGGAGAAGCUCUCCGCCGUGUUCGACUGGAUUGUCGAUCACGUUCCGACGGAGUCCAUUGCUAAGCUCUCAUCCACUGUCACAAACAUCGAGCUUACACCGUCCUCCGGCUCGGGCGCGUCGGCAAAAGAAGGGACGGACAGGAAGGGUGAGAAGAAUGAGCUCGCCACCAAGGAGGAUCUCGAACGAUUCUACGUCGCCUUGGCCCGGAAGUUGUAUGAUGAAGGACUAUGAAGCAAUCUUUAUCGUGUUUUAUAGACUGAUCGUGUUCCGCGGUGUUACCGAUGACAUACACAGAAACUGUCGGAAAAGACAUCGCAUGCCGUAGAAGGGCCAUCCAAAUGACUUCCAAUUGUAUUGGGUUCGAUAUCAAGUUGUUUUCGCUCGAAGCGCCGAGAAUAAUCCCGAGCAUAUCAAGGCGGCGGCUGCGCGCCGACGCAGGCGCGAUGGCGUGAAACGGGCUACCGCGAUUUGCGCAUGUUCACACAGGUGUACACGACCAGCGAACUGAUAGUCAAUUGUCCCGAACUGUCCUUGGGCGGCAUCGUCAUAUACCCAUAUGAACGUAUGUUGCCCAUCGCUCCGGGGGUACCCCAUCGUCACGCAGCUUUCGGACAGCUGAAUCCAGUGCUUGUGGGAUCAAACCGGGGUUGGUAUAUCCUCCGCUGAGCAAGGCUUCAUGGACUUCCUUUGCAACCGCCGGUCCGUCCAUAUCGUGCAUCUCCCACAUCGUGCCAAUGACAGACUGAAAUCCUGCGAAGAGCAUGGAUCCAGCGAGAUGCACUAUCUCGUCUGGUAAUGCGUGGUCU